AGCAGCAGCGGCACAAGAAGCCGCGAAGAAGACAACCAAAACAGCCCCAGCUUUGACAGAUCAGCCCAGGACGCGGAAAAUGAGCCGAAAUUCCCCAACACCGAUGUCUGAAUAUCUCCCAUCUGGGGGAAAACAUCCGUGAUCAUCGGACGAGUUUUUAAGGACAACUCUUGGGUGAUGCUAACGCGUGGAAGUUUGCUCUUGGUCACUGUUGUUAGCUGGUUAGCUGAAUGAAAGUUGCUCCAUGUCGACCUAUGGGCCGAACAUGACCAUAUAAGGACUGCUGCUCUGGGCCGAACAUGACCAUAUAAGGACUGCUGCUCUCCGGUGGCAUGUAAACAACAACACAAACAGCGAGGGUAAGAGUAAACACUCUAAACUUGUUCCAACAUGUCAUCAGAGCAGAUGAUCGCCAUUGUCAUGGAGGACAAGAUCUACGAGGUGGACAAGAAGAAGCUGAUCGAGAAGAGCGACUACUUCCGGGCGCUGUACAGCUCCGGCAUGAGGGAGUCCACGGAGGACUCCGUGCAGCUGCGGGGCCUCAGCGUCCCCGGCCUGGAGCUGGUCUUGGACUUCAUCAACACCUCCAAGGUGGAGGUUGCCAACGACACCCUGGAGGAUUUGAUCGAGACCGCGUCCUUCCUCCAGGUCACCUCCAUCCUCAAGCUCCUCGCCGCCGAGAUCCGCCUGGACAACUGCGUGGACCUCUACGGCCUCUCGGAGGUCUACGGGACGCACGAGCUGCACCGCGCCUGCCUGAGGUACAUGAGCUGCCACUAUCACCCCAUGAUGAGGCGGCCCGAGUUCGGCCGCCUGCCCUGCGCCGUCCGGGAGCAGGUGAGAGAGAUGCGCAUGAAGGGCAGCGCCACCCUGGUGGUCAUCGGGGACUUCACCUGCCUCUGCCUGGACGUGCUGGACCACGACGAGCCCUGGUCCAUGCUGAGGUACGGCGAGGCGGAGCAGCGCUGGAAGCCUUUGGCCAACAACUUGCCUCCGGACAUGAUCAACGUCAGAGGCUACGGCUCGGCCGUCCUGGACAACUACCUCUUCGUCGUCGGCGGUUACAGGACCACCAGCCAGGAGAUCUCCGCCGUGCACUGCUACAACCCCUGCAGGAACGAGUGGAACCAGGUGGCGCCGCUCAACCAAAAAAGGUCCAACUUCAAGCUGCUGGCGGUCCAGGGGAAGCUCUACGCGGUGGGGGGCCAGUGUUUGGGCACGGUGGAGUGUUACAGCCCCGAGAACGACUUCUGGACUUGUGUGACUUCUAUGCCCGACCCGCUGUCCGAAUUCUCCGCCUGCGAGUGCCAGGGGAUGAUCUACAUCAUGGGUGGAUACACCGCACGAGACAGGAACACCAAACUCCUCCGCUACUGCCCCGCCUCCGACACUUGGGCGGCGUUCCGACCGUGCUCGGUGCAUGUGCGCAAACAGCAGAUGCUCUCGGUGGAGGACGUCAUUUACCUGGUGGGGGGCUACACGCACGAACUGGGGCAGCAGCAGCAGCAGCAGCGGCGUCUCAGCCAGACGGAGGACGUGCUCACCGUGCAGUCCUACAACGUGACCACGGGCGAGUGGCUCCUCCUGAAGGAGAACACGUCCAAGUCGGGUCUGAAUCUGACCUGCGCGCCGCACAACGACGGCAUCUACAUCAUGAGCCGCGACGUGGGCCCGACCACCAGCUUGGAGCACCGCGUCUUCCUCAAGUACAACAUCUUCUCCCACGCCUGGGAGGCCUUCAGGCGCUUCCCGGCGCUGGGUCAGAACAUGCUGCUGUGCUCGCUUUACCUCCCCACCGCGCUCUGACGGAGGGAGAACUGCAGGGAACACAAGCCGGGACCGUGCAGUGUCAACACAGGCCAGCGGGUGGCGGGCUUGCACCGCGUAUGGAGCACUGCAAAGCAAACUAACUUCUUUAGCAUGAGUCUCGUCGCUUUGGCAUCGAUUGGAUUCUCUGUGCCUAAAAUAAAGCAACAUUCUACCAUGCAAAAGUCUAAAUGUAGGAAAACCGCUUUGGUUUUACCCAUCAACCAUUGUGUCCAAAACAUUCACACAUUUGAUUUUCUACACCAAAAUUCAUCUAUUUCUUCUUCUUCUUCUUCUCCAGAUUUUGGCGCGCUCUACCUUCCACAUUUUUCAUCCGAUUCAAACCGUUCCAACUUCAAACUGUUCAGCCUAUUCAGGAAUGGAGAGCUUUCCCUUGACAAAAUUCAAAAAAUUCCCAGAUUUUCCAGAAUUCCUGGUUUUCCAGGACAUUUUUCCCAUUCAAAAUGAAUUGGCCAUUUUUCAAACUUCCACCAUUUCCACAUUUUUCAUCCGAUUCAAACCAUUCCACCUUCAAACUGUUCAGCUUAUUUGGGAAUCGCUGGCUUUCCCUUGAAAAAUUCCAAAAAUUCCCAGAUUUUUCAGAAUUCCUGGUUUUCCAGGACAUUUUUCCCAUUCAAAAUGAAUUGGCCAUUUUUCAAACUUCCACCAUUUCCACAUUUUUCAUCCGAUUCAAAACAUUCCGACUUCAAACUGUUCAGCCUAUUGGGGAAUGGCGGGCUUUCCCUUGACAAAUUCCGAAAAUUCCCAGAUUUUCCAGAAUUCCUGGUUUUCCAGGACAUUUUUGCCAUUCAAAAUGAAUUGGCCAUUUUUCAAACUUCCACCAUUUCCACAUUUUUCAUCCGAUUGAAAACAUUCCAACUUCAAACUGUUCAGCCUAUUGGGGAAUGGCAGGCUUUCCCUUAACAAAUUCAAAAAAUUCCCAGAUUUUCCAGAAUUCCUGGUUUUCCAGGACAUUUUUGCCAUUCAAAAUGAAUUGGCCAUUUUUCAAACUUCCACCAUUUCCACAUUUUUCAUCCGAUUCAAACCAUUACAACUUCAAACUGUUCAGCUUAUUGGGGAAUGGCGGGCUUUCCCUUGACAAAUUCCGAAAAUUCCCAGAUUUUCCAGAAUUCCUGGUUUUCCAGGACAUUUUUGCCAUUCAAAAUGAAUUGGCCAUUUUUCAAACUUCCACCAUUUCCACAUUUUUCAUCCGAUUCAAACCAUUCCGACUUCAAACUGUUCAGCCUAUUGGGGAAUGGAGGGCUCUCCCUUGACAAAAUUCUAAAAAUUCCCAGAUUUUUCAGAAUUCCUGGUUUUCCAGGACAUUUUUGCCAUUCAAAAUGAAUUGGCCAUUUUUCAAACUUCCACCAUUUCCACAUUUUUCAUCCGAUUCAAACCAUUACAACUUCAAACUGUUCAGCCUAUUCGGGAAUGGCAGGCUUUCCCUUAACAAAUUCCAAAAAUUCCCAGAUUUUCCAGAAUUCCUGGUUUUCCGGGACAUUUUUCCCAUUCAAAAUGAAUUGGCCUUUUUUCAAACUUCCACCAUUUCCACAUUUUUCAUCCGAUUCAAACCAUUACAACUUCAAACUGUUCAGCCUAUUCGGGAAUGGCAGGCUUUCCCUUAACAAAUUCAAAAAAUUCCCAGAUUUUCCAGAAUUCCUGGUUUUCCAGGACAUUUUUGCCAUUCAAAAUGAAUUGGCCAUUUUUCAAACUUCCACCAUUUCCACAUUUUUCAUCCGAUUCAAACCAUUCCGACUUCAAACUGUUCAGCCUAUUGGGGAAUGGCGGGCUUUCCCUUGACAAAUUCCAAAAAUUCCCAGACUUUCCAGAAUUCCUGGUUUUCCAGGACAUUUUUGCCAUUCAAAAUGAAUUGGCCAUUUUUCAAACUUCCACCAUUUCCACAUUUUUCAUCCGAUUCAAACCAUUACAACUUCAAACUGUUCAGCCUAUUGGGGAAUGGCAGGCUUUCCCUUGACAAAUUCCGAAAAUUCCCAGAUUUUCCAGAAUUCCUGGUUUUCCAGGACAUUUUUGCCAUUCAAAAUGAAUUGGCCAUUUUUCAAACUUCCACCAUUUCCACAUUUUUCAUCCGAUUCAAACCAUUCCACCUUCAAACUGUUCAGCUUAUUUGGGAAUCGCUGGCUUUCCCUCGAAAAAUUCCAAAAAUUCCCAGAUUUUAUAGAAUUCCUGGUUUUCCAGGACAUUUUUGCCAUUCAAAAUGAAUUGGCCAUUUUUCAAACUUCCACCAUUUCCACAUUUUUCAUCAGAUUCAAACCAUUACAACUUCAAACUGUUCAGCCUAUUCGGGAAUGGCAGGCUUUCCCUUAACAAAUUCAAAAAAUUCCAAGAUUUUCCAGAAUUCCUGGUUUUCCAGGAGAUUUUUGCCAUUCAAAAUGAAUUGGCCAUUUUUCAAACUUCCACCAUUUCCACAUUUUUCAUCCGAUUCAAAACAUUCCGACUUCAAACUGUUCAGCCUAUUGGGGAAUGGCGGGCUUUCCCUUGACAAAUUCCAAAAAUUCCCAGACUUUUCAGAAUUCCUGGUUUUCCAGGACAUUUUUGCCAUUCAAAAUGAAUUGGCCAUUUUUCAAACUUCCACCAUUUCCACAUUUUUCAUCCGAUUUAAACCAUUCCACCUUCAAACUGUUCAGCUUAUUUGGGAAUCGCUGGCUUUCCCUUGAAAAAUUCCAAAAAUUCCCAGAUUUUCCAGAAUUCCUGGUUUUCCAGGACAUUUUUUCCAUUCAAAAUGAAUUGGCCAUUUUCAAACUUCCACCAUUUCCACAUUUUUCAACCGAUUCAAACUAUUCCAACUUCAAACUGUUCAGCCUAUUCGGGAAUCGCCGGCUUUCCCUUGACAAAUUCCAAAAAUUCCCCAGAUUUUCCAGAAUUCCUGGUUUUCCAGGACAUUUUUCCCAUUCAAAAUGAAUUGGCCAUUUUUCAAACUUCCACCAUUUCCAAAUUUUUCAUUCGAUUCAAACCAUUCCUAACUUCAAACUAUUCAGCCUAUUCGGGAAUCGCCGGCUUUCCCUUGACAAAUUCCACAAAUUCCCCAGAUUUUCCAGAAUUCCUGGUUUUCCAGGACAUUUUUCCAUUCAAAAUGUAUUGGCCAUUUUCAAACUUCCACCAUUUCCACAUUUUUCAACCGAUUCAAACCAUUCCACCUUCAAACUGUUUAGCCUAUUCGGGAAUCGCCGGCUUUCCCUUGAUAAAUUCCAAAAAUUCACAGAUUUUCCAGAAUUCCUGGUUUUCCAAGACAUGUUUCCCAUUCAAAAUGAAUUGGCCAUUUUUCAAACUUCCACCAUUUCCACAUUUUUCAUCCGAUUCAAACCAUUCCACCUUCAAAAACAUUCCACCAUUCUGGAAAUUCAAAGUACCAAUUUUCCAAGUUCAAAAACAUUACAGGAUUUUCUAAAAUUGCUGGUUUUCCAAAGCCCUAAUUCCACCCUUUUUUCUGGCGACUACUCCUUCCACAUUUUCCAACGCAUUUUCAACUGUUCCACCGUCAAAACAUUCCUCUUAUUCAGGACAAAAAACUAAGAUGUUUUUUGAACUGGAAACAUUCCCGGUUUUCACAAAAUUCCAGGAACUCCGUAAUACCAUUUCUCAAUUCAUAAUAUUACUACUUCAACAUUUCCCGACCGAUUUGGAAAAAUUCCAACACCAAGUCAUUCAGACCAUUCAAGUUUUCAACAAUUUCCAAAAAAUUUGGCUUUUCUCAAAAUUCCAUAAUACCAUUUUUCAAUUAAAAAACUGUUACUACUUCAACAUUUCUUGACCGAUUUAAACGAUUCCAACACCAACCCUUUCAGCUAAAAAAAUCGCGUUUUUCCACAAAAUUCCCAAAUUUCCAGGAAGUUCCCAUUGAAAUGAAUGGGACAUUUUUCCAAGUUGCACAAUUCUCACAUUUUUCAACCUAUUCAAACCAUUCCAACUUCAAACUGUUCAGCCUAUUCUGGAAUCGCCGGCUUUCCCUUGACAAAAUUCCAAAAAUUACCAGAUUUUCCAGAAUUCCUGGUUUUCCAGGACAUUUUUCCCAUUCAAAAUGAAUUGGCCAUUUUUCAAACUUCCACCAUUUCCACAUUUUUCAACCUAUUCAAACAAUUCCAACUUCAACAUAUUCCACUCAUCCUGGAAAUUCAAACUAUUAUUUUUCUAAGUUCAAAAAAAUUCCAGGAAUUCCCAGAAUUCAAUUUUUUUCUGGCAACUACUCCUUCCACAUUUUCAUUCAGACCAUUCAAGUUUUUACCAAUUUCCAAAAAAAUUCCGCUUUUCUCAAAAUUCCAUAAUACCAUUUUUCAAUUAAAAAACCGUUACUACUUCAACAUUUCUUGACCAAUUUAAACGAUUCCAACACCUAAACUUUCAGCAUAAAAAAACCCGCUUUUCCACAAAAUUCCCAAAUUUCCAGUUGCACAAUUGUCACAUUUUUCAACCUAUUCAAAGCAUUCCAACAUCAACACAUUCCACUCAUCCUGGACUUUCAAAGUAACACUUUCCCAAGUUCCAAACCAAAUUCUGUCUUUUUGUGGAAAUUCUAACUCUUUAACAUUCAAUCCAAUCCAACAUUCAACCUAUUCUUGCUUUCAUACUACAUUCUGUCAGCAUUUCACUUCAAUUUCAGCAUUGGAGCCUCAUCGAAUUCCUUUUGCAUUGUUACUCGCUUUUUUGAUUCCACAACAUUUCAUCGCACACGUGCCUUCUCCUUUGGGAACCUGAUCCAAAAACAGCACAAAGACAUUUUUGUGUCGCAUUGCCAGCAAAAGACUGUUUUACUUUGUUACUGUGUGCUAAGCAGGUUUUUGUUAGAAUUCUAUUUGCUUUUCCAACAAACUUCUCCUUUUGUUCAUAUCGAUAUUUAUGGCACUUUAAUGACAAUAAAGUUGAUGUUCAGGGGUUUCUGCAGUCAAUUGAACACGAUUUAAAAAUAGGGAUGGGUACCGAAUUUGGUACUUACAAAACCCAA